AUGGCUCCUGCUGAUGUCUUGAUGGUUGGGACUGGCGAAUAUACCACUGGUUUUGUAGGAGGAACUGCUUCCACUUCGGAUAAAAAAGUGGGAGUCGUUGGCCUGACACUGUUUGACCUUCGGAGGCGAGGGAAGGUUGAUAAAUUGAGCAUGCUUGUAUAUGCUGACCGUGAUAAAAAAAAAAAAGGAAAACACCUCCAAACAAACAUAUCGGACGUGUACAAUGGCCUAGAUGUCUCAUUUGAGUCCUACCCGGCAGACGACAAGGUCGAUCCAAGUGCAUACAAGGCUGCGAUUGAUGCGUUGAAGCCUGGCUCUGCUGUUACGAUAUUCACACCCGACACUACUCAUUUUGAAAUCGCACUGUACGCCAUUCGCCGCAAGAUUCAUGUCCUCAUCACAAAGCCCGCAACCAAGCUAUUAGGCGACCAUCUCGAGUUACUUGAGGAAUCUCGGAAGCAUAAUGUUUUCGUAUUCAUCGAGCACCAUAAGCGUUUCGAUCCUGCAUAUUCUGAUGCACGUAACAAGGCACAGAAGCUGGGCGACUUUAACUAUUUUUACAGCUACAUGAGCCAGCCCAAGAGCCAGCUGGAGACAUUUAAAGCCUGGGCUGGCAAGGACAGUGAUAUCUCGUAUUACCUCAACUCCCAUCAUGUGGAUAUCUGUGAGAGCAUGGUUCCGGAGUAUACGCCUGUUAAGGUAAUGGCCUCAGCCUCGAAGGGAGCAGCUAUUGAACUUGGCUGUGUCGAGGAGACGGAAGACAGCAUCACGCUGCUUGUUGAAUGGAGAAAAAAAGAGGAUCCUUCCAAGACGGCAACAGGUGUAUAUACCGCAAGCUGGACUGCGCCCCAACGGGCUGGAGUUCAUUCUAACCAAUACUUCCAUUGGAUGGGAUCGAAGGGCGAGAUCAGGAUAAACCAGGCCAAGAGGGGAUACGAUGUCACAGCCGACGAGGAGGGGCUCGUGUGGUACAACCCCUUCUACAUGAGCUAUGCUCCCGACGAGGAAGGGAACUUUGGUGGUCAAAGGGGCUAUGGGUAUAUCAGCUUCGAAAAGUUUAUUGAAGCUGUCACUGCCCUCAACGAAGGAAGCGUGACCCUAGACCGACUUGAUCAACGUGGACUACCGACGCUUAAGAACACCAUCGCGACGACGGCGAUCUUACACGCGGGCCGGAUUUCAUUGGAUGAGCUGCGUUCUGUUGAGAUCCUGAGGGAAGGGGAGACUUGGUCAUUAAAAUAG